UUCCUAGGGUUUUCUUUUCUCUGCUUCAGAUCUGAGUUCUACGCUGUUUGCUUUUUCGCAAAGAUGUUUUGGCGUAUGGCCGGAUUGUCAACUGCGUCUCCUGUUGAGACAAUUUUAGAUAAGGAAAAUUUUACACUGGAGGAGCUGCUUGAUGAGGAUGAAAUUAUUCAGGAAUGCAAAGCCCUUAAUGGGCGACUUAUAAACUUCUUGAGGGAGAAGGCUCAAGUUGAACAGCUUCUUCGAUAUAUUGUGGUAGAACCUCCAGAGGAUGCUGAUAAUAAGCGAACUUUCAAGUUUCCUUUUAUUUCAUGUGAGCUUUUUACAUGUGAGGUUGAUAUAAUACUAAAAACUUUGGUAGAAAAUGAGGAAUUAAUAAAUUUUUUAUUUUCCUUUUUGGAUUCAACUCACUCCCAUAGCACACCACUGGCUGGGUACUUCAGCAAGGUUGUCAUAUGUUUGCUGUUGCGGAAGACAUUGCCUUUCCUGCAAUAUGUUAAGGGCCAUCAGGAAAUUGUCAAGCGUUUAGUUGAUCUGAUUGGCAUAACUUCAGUAAUGGAGGUUUUAAUACGUCUUAUUGGUGCUGAUGAGCAUAUGUUCUCAAACUAUAAGGAGUCAAUGCAAUGGAUAGAGGAUACAGAUGUAUUGGAGAUGAUUGUGGACAAAUUCAGCUCUUCAGACUCUGCUGAGGUGCAUGCCAAUGCAGCUGAAACCUUAUGUGCAAUAACACGAUUUGCUCCUCCCGGUCUUGCUGCCAAAAUUACCAGCCCAAAUUUCACUGGAAGAUUAUUUCGUCAUGCUUUGGAAGACUCUAGACCAAAAUCUGUUCUGGUCAAUUCCUUGUCUGUGUUCAUAUCUUUGUUAGAUCCCAAGAGGCUAACAUUGGGCGUAUAUCAUACAUACCACCAAGUUUCCCAAGGAUCAAUGAUAUCUGCGAAGCCUGAUACAGUUGAAGGAAUGCUGGAGAGUUUAGGUGAGUUACUGAAGCGUUUGGAUGUUUCAUCUUCAGAGUUAACCUUGUUAACCACAUAUGGGAAAUUACAGCCUCCUCUUGGGAAACAUCGUUUAAGGAUUGUAGAGUUCAUUUCUGUCUUGCUGACAGUUGGUAGUGAAGCUGCUGAAAAGGAAUUGAUUCGACUGGGUGCUGUGGAAAGGAUUUUGAACUUAUUCUUUGAGUAUCCAUACAACAAUUUUUUGCACCAUCAUGUGGAGAGCAUAAUACUGUCAUGCUUAGAGAGCAAAAAUGUUCCACUUGUUGGGCAUCUUCUACGUGAAUGUAACAUUUUGAGAAAAAUACUUGAAGCUGAAAAGAAUUGCACAUUAACUUCUGAUCCAAAUAUGCCAACAGUUAGUGCUGAAGGUAGAGCACCACCAAGGAUAGGAAAUAUUGGACACUUGACACGCAUAUCUAACAAACUUGUUCAGCUUGGAAAUAACAAUGGUGAAAUUCAGGCAUAUCUGCAGGAAAACAGUGAAUGGACUUAUUGGCACACAAAUGUCCUAUUGAAUCGUAAUGCUACAGAAAAUGUCUACCAGUGGGCUUGUGGGAGGCCAACUGUUCUACAUGACCGGAACAGAGAUAGUGAUGAUGAUGAUUACCAAGACAGGGAUUAUGAUGUUGCAGCCUUGGCAAACAACUUAAGCCAGGCAUUUAGAUAUGGCAUUUACUCUAAUGAUGAUAUAGAACAGGUACAUAACUCACUUGAAAGAGAUGAUGAGGAUGUUUACUUUGAUGAUGAAUCUGCUGAGGUUGUAAUAUCUUCUCUGCGCUUAGGAGACGACCAAGAAAGCGGUUCUCUUUUUACAAAUUCCAACUGGUUUGCGUUUGAAGAUGAUAGAGAUUCCAAUGAAUGCUCGACUGGUGCUAUGGCUUCUGCAUCGCCUAAUGCUGAGGGAGCUGCUGUUGUCAAUGGUGAAGGUAGAGAUUAUGACAUAGUAGUCGGUGAAGAUGAUGACUUAGAUGAUACCUCAACAUCUUCUCAGGUUUCUGAAGGAAAAAUAGAUCAUCCCUGUGAUCAGUCUGAAGACUCGAAAGAAGCUGGACUCAGUGAAAAUGAUAAACCACAUGCAUGGGUUGAAUGGAGAGAGACCCCUGGUUCCAAUGAAGCUGCUGCUAUUGUCCCAAAUGGUGAAGUGCAAAUAAAACUGGUUGACAGUAACCCUGAUAGUGCUAGUGAACCCUCUUCAUCAUCCUCUGUUAAUACAAGUGAAACUGCUUUGGAGGCAUCUUCACAAUCAACAAACGGAGACCUCGGCUCAAAUGCCCUUCAGUCAUCUGUAAGUCCUCUUGUUCCCAAGGAUGAGACAACUUCAGGAACUGAGUCCGCGCCUAUGAUUACACAAGAAUCGGUUUAAAUCAAGUCAUUAUGUGGCAACAUUGAUCUGAUGUGGGUGGGCACUGCUUGGUUAAUCAAGCUGUCAUUCUCAUACAGCCGUGUAUACACGGUUGUUGAUCAGAGCCGAUGAUUCUUUUCACAGCCCACCAAUGCUUGGCAAGUUUCUGAUUUGGCGGAUUUCAAUUUGAGAGCAGGCGUGAUUAGGCUUGUCUACAGCCACUGCUAGCAAGUAACCCAACAUUUGAUCAAUCUGUUGUCUAGCUUCUUAUAGUAACUCAGGAAGAGACGAUUCUAUUCCAACUUUUACGUGUUAAUAUCACAUUAUUGUCUUUUUCCCCUACAUUGAAUCUCAAGUGUUAAUUUAUAGGAACGAAUUCUGGUGAAUGCC